AUGGGUGAUAAGGUAGCUGCUCCACAAAGCGACACUUCCAAAAGCGAUGACGAACAGUUUGAGGAUGCUCAAAGUAAGGAAGAUUUCAACGAACGGGCGGUCGAUGAAAUUAUUGAAAAGGUGACCGGACUGGCCACACGUAAACCGCCCGAUUCCGAUGCGGACGUGUUUGUCGAUUGUGUUACACAUACCGAGGCGGAUGGAACAAAGCCAACGAAACCAACGCAGCAUGUGCAUAACGAUAAGUCAGUGCAGGAGCAGCAGGAAUGUGACAGCAGUAUGGUGGAACCAUCGUUCGAGGACGAUCUAGUAGAUGAGGAUUCCCAGCGGGAUUAUGAAUGUGGACUGUCGGAGGUGGAAAAGGAUGCGAACAAAACCAAAGCGGAUGAGCUAAAGCAGCAGGGCAACGAGCUGUUUAAACAAGGCGAACAUUUAAAAUCGUUGGAACUGUACACGCAAGCCCUUCGGCUGUGUCCACUGGACUGUAAGGAAGCUCGAGCCAUACUGUACGCGAAUCGUGCCGCGGCCAAAACGAAGCUCGAUCGCAAACGGUCCGCGCUGGACGAUUGCACCAAAGCGCUAGAAUACAAUCCAAACUACGUGAAAGCAUUGCUUAGGCGUGCUAAUCUGUACGAAGAGACUGACAAGCUGGACGAAAGUUUAGAAGACUAUAAGAAAGUGCUAGAGCUGGAACCGGCAAACAGUGAGGCCCGAUCCGCCACGGUACGUUUGCCACCCAAGAUAGCGGAACGAAACGAACGGCUAAAGGAGGAAAUGAUGGGCAAGCUGAAGGACCUGGGCAACAUGAUCCUGCGACCUUUCGGUUUGUCGACGCAAAACUUUGAAAUGAAACAAGAUCCCCAGACCGGUUCGUACUCGAUCAACUUUAACCAGGGCGCCAAACAAUGACGCGACGAUUUG